UAUUAUUAAUAUUCAUAUCAUUAGUUGUAACGUUAUAUAGAAAUUAACGGAUAUCGUUUAUAAUCUUGCAAGGAUUUAUAACGAAAUAUAUGGAUAAUUUAUGUAUGCACAACUCCUUAUGGAAAUCUUAUUGCUAACAUUACCAUAAAUAUUGUUACAAGAACUAUUUUCAAUAAUUAUCUGUGAAGUAAUCUUCUAUGAAGCCUAUGCUGGGUUCUUCUGCUUCAAGCCUCAUGAAUGCAUCGAGUAGUGGAAGCACUGGUAGUGCACAAGCCUCAGCUGGUCAACACACUAUAGCAGCUACACUUACAGCUGUGCAUAAAAUGGAUUCCGAAUUACGUUGCCCAUCUUGCAGGCGAUUUUUCCAAUGUCCUUUAUUGUUACCAUGUGGACAUUCCCUGUGCAAUUUAUGCGCAGCUGGAGCUCUACUCCCCGCUAGCGAACCAAGCAUAGCGGCAUCGAUUGCAGCAGCGCUGCACUUAUCAACAGCUGAGACAUUUAGUCCUGCUAGCGGUCCUCCUCAAUCCUCAUCCUCGUCUUCAUCGACAACAGGAAGUAGUAUAGGUUGUCCCAGUACUUCUAACUCACAAGGAAACACACAAAUUAUGGGUUGUACUUCCAACAUACCUUCAGAUUCUGAUCAAAUGAGUGUUGUUAGCGAGACGGAUUCUGGUGUAAUUGUUAGCAGUCGACCAGGUAGUUAUGUGGGAAGACUACCCGUUAUAAUAUGUUCAUCAACUUCAGGUUUAGGUCCGAGUCAAACCUACAGUAUCUCUUCAUCUUCAAUAAGUCAAGUUUCAAGUGGCUUAAUAUGUCCCAUAUGUAACCACGUCGUUGGUCUUUUUGAUGAUAAGGGACUAAGUCAUCUCCCGAGAAAUCGUGCUCUUGAACGGAUAAUAUCUAAAUUUGUAGGCCCUGAUCAAUCACCUCAUUCACUAAAAUUGAGUGCAGACUUGGAACCAUUUUUAUUAAACAAUAACACAGACCCAAUUAAUAGACCAGGUGGACCACUUUGCCAGUUAUGUGAAGAACCUAAUAUCCCAACGGAAAAUCCAUUAUCUUCAGAAACCAAUAAAACUGAAGUGAAUGAACAAAAUUGUUUAGCAACAUUUUGGUGUGAACAAUGUGAAAUAUUUUAUUGUACACGAUGUCGUGAAAAAUGUCAUCCAGCUCGUGGACCAUUAAAUCGUCAUGCAUUACAUUCAGCAACUGAAGGUGUAAAAAUAAUUAGACAAAAACAACGUAAUCAACCUACACCAUGUAUGUCACACUUAAAUAUAAUACCAAAUCUGUAUUGUGUUAAUUGUCAUAUACCGGUGUGUAAUGAAUGCAUAAGUAAUGAUAAUUCACAAACAUUUGAAACACAUUCAAAACAUGAAAUACUUCCAUUGAUUGGAGUCUGUAAAUCACGGAAAACUGAACUAUCUCAGUCACUUCAAGCACUAUCAGAAAGAGCUCGUUCAGCUACAGAGCACAUACAGCGUUUAAGAUCGAAGUCAGAAACCGUUAAUAGAAACCUUGCAGAUUCAGAAAAAGAACUUGUUGAACAACUAAACACAUUGAUUUCUGCUAUUGAAACAAAAAAACAAGAACUAACAGAACGUUUACGAGACGAAAGAACCAAACGUAUUCAUUGUCUCAAGGAACAAAUUAAUCGUGUCACAUCAUUAUUAACCAAAUCAACUGGUCUUAUUCAAUUUUGUAUAGAAAUGCUUAAAGAAAGUGAUCCGUCCGCAUUUCUUUUGGUAUCUCAAUCACUUAUCACACGUACUCAAAAUGCAGAACAAAAUUUUAUACAAGAACUUCAACAUACUUCAUCCACUAAUGAUAUUACUGGAUCUUUAUUAUCACUUGCCUUAUCAUCAAGUAAAGAUUAUUCACAUCAUUCACCUAAGAAAAGAACACUUAAAUCAACUGAAGAGAUUUCUGGUAAAUACAACAAUCCUGCUAGUAAUGUUAGUGGAACAAGUACAUCUAAUCGAUUAAACAAAACAUUGGAUUUAUUAGGUGUGAAUAGUGUUGAUGCAAUACAUCGAGCAAUUUUAAAUUUAGGUUUAGAAGAAGAUCAAAAUACAAAAAGAACUGAAUAUUUUCAACUUAUCAAUCAAAAAAUUAACGAUGCUCCAGCUCCACCAGCGUUUCUUAUAGAAGAAUGCAUUUCAGAGCGUAAUGUUAUUACUCUUGUGUGGCAACCCACAUCGUCUAUUCCUAUUGAUCGUUACACACUUGAAUUGGAUGAUGGAGCAGGUGGAACCUUCAGGAAAGUUUAUCGAGGUGUUGAAACAAUGUGCACUGUCGAAGGUUUACACUUUCGUUCCGUCUAUCGUGCACGCGUUAAAGCACACAAUCAAGCUGGUGAAAGUCAAUACAGUGAACGAAUUUGUCUACAGACAUCAGAUUUUACUUGGUUUCAUUUGGAUAUUCAUACUUCUGUACCAGAAAUUUUACUUACAAAUGGAAAUAGAACUGUUACUAGUCAAUUAUCUGAAGAUAGAGUAAUUCUUGGUUCAACUGGUUUAUCAAGAGGUGUACAUUAUUGGGAAUUCACUGUAGAUCGUUGUGAUCCUGGUGGACAACCUGCAUUUGGUAUAGCUAGAUAUGAUUGUAAUAAAGAAAUAAUGCUUGGUCUUGAUAUGAAAAGUUGGUCGAUUUAUUUUGAUUAUAAACGAAGUUGGUUUUUACAUAAUGGAGAACAUUUCGAACGAACUGAUGGUGGAAUACAUGCUGGUAGUGUAGUUGGUAUUCGACUGGAUUGUAAUAGAGGCAGUUUAUCUUAUUAUUUAAAUGAUCAACCACAUGGUCCAAUUGCAUUCACCAAUUUACCAAAUGGGAUUUAUUAUCCAGCUGUCAGUUUAACAAGAGCUAUUCAACUAACUUUACAUUCUGGUUUAGAAGCCCCUAGUGAGAGUGAAGAAAGUGAUGAAGAUAGUUCUGGUGGUGGAACAGGAACUGAAACCACUUCUAUGGCGACCACUGUUUUAACCCUACCAUCUACAUUACAAAGCAAAGGAUUAAGGCAGUGAAUUUAUUGACAUGAAUUAUUAACUAUAUAAUCUGCCUGUAAGUUUAUUUGUUUUUCCAAAUGUUUACUUGUAAACAAUUCAUAUGUAGCUCGAAAAAGUUUCAAUCAAGUGAAAUAUCAACUUUCAGGCUGUAAAUUCGAUAAACAAACUAACUAAUUCAAGUAAGAUGAAAUCUUCUAACGUUUCUUCAAUUACACACACCUUUUAAUAUACAUCUUACUAAUACAUAAUG